UUUCCAAUUCUCUGGCUCCUUUAUUUUGGCACACCAGAGGCAAAGCAAGUCAAAGCCACCCCGUUCCGAAGCCUUGAGCCCCCCCCCCCCCUCUUCCUCUCUCUUUAAAUUCUCUGUCUAGGGUUACUCUUCUCCCUCGUUCUUGGAACAAUCUUGAUGAGUCGGUGAGUUGGAGGUGCUUGUCACUUGUGAGAUCCGACGAUUUUGAAGCUGCUGAACAAGAACAAUGAACGGAUGGGAUAGGGUUCGGUCGUCAAGAUCGAGGCUCGGUGGCAGCGAUUCGCGCGCUCCCUCGUCUCGGACCGUUCGCCUUGGCCGUGUCCAGCCCCAGGCCCCUGGUCACCGCACCAUCUACUGCAAUGAUCGCGACGCCAAUUUUCCCGUCAGAUUCAAGGGCAAUUCUAUAUCAACUACCAAGUACAGUGUUUUUACUUUUCUACCCAAAGGACUGUUUGAACAGUUCAGGCGGGUAGCUAACCUCUACUUUCUUAUGAUAUCGAUUUUGUCAACAACACCAAUCAGUCCUGUGCAUCCAAUAACGAAUGUGGUACCAUUGAGUCUGGUGCUUUUUGUUUCUCUUGUUAAGGAGGCAUUUGAGGACUGGAAGCGGCUACAAAAUGAUAAGGCAAUAAACAAUGCCCUUAUAGAUGUGUUGCAAGAUCAAAAGUGGGAACGUAUUCCCUGGAAGAAGUUGCAGGUUGGAGAUAUUGUUAAAGUUAAGCAGGAUGGUUUCUUUCCUGCAGAUAUUCUGUUCCUUGCUGGUACAAACCCAGAUGGUGUUUGCUACAUUGAGACUGCAAAUCUGGAUGGUGAAACAAAUUUGAAGAUCAGAAAAGCAUUGGAAAAGACUUGGGACUACUUGACUCCAGAAAAAGCCUCAGAAUUCAAAGGUGAAGUACAGUGUGAGCAACCAAACAAUUCAUUGUACACAUUCACUGGAAAUCUUAUAAUCCAAAAGCAAACUUUACCCCUCAGUCCAAAUCAAAUACUUUUGAGAGGAUGCAGUCUAAGGAAUACUGAAUACAUAGUUGGGGCUGUUAUUUUUACAGGACAUGAAACAAAGGUUAUGAUGAAUGCCAUGAAUGUUCCUUCCAAAAGGAGUACUUUAGAAAGGAAACUUGACAAACUUAUACUGGCUCUUUUCGGUGGCCUGUUCCUCAUGUGUCUCAUUGGAGCCAUAGCCAGUGGUGUAUUCAUAAACCGCAAGUACUACUACUUAGGCCUUGGUGCAAGUGUUGAAAAUCAGUUUAACCCAAGCAACAGAUUUCUGGUUGCUACUCUGACUAUGUUUACCUUAAUUACUCUGUAUUCAACGAUUAUCCCUAUUUCCCUAUAUGUUUCCAUUGAGAUGAUCAAAUUUAUCCAAUCCACUCAAUUUAUUAACAAGGACUUGCAUAUGUACCAUGUUGAAACCAAUACCCCUGCACUGGCACGGACUUCCAAUCUGAAUGAGGAACUUGGACAGGUAGAGUAUAUAUUUUCUGACAAAACUGGAACCCUAACAAGGAAUUUAAUGGAGUUCUUUAAGUGUUCAAUUGGGGGAGAGGUCUAUGGAACUGGUAUUACUGAAAUAGAGAAGGGGGGAGCAGAGCGCCGUGGAAUAAAACUUGAGGAGGUGCAUAAAUCCAGUAAGGCUGUACAUGAGAAGGGCUUUAAUUUUGAUGAUGCUCGGCUCAUGCUCGGUGCUUGGAGGAAUGAGCCUGAUCCUGAUGCAUGCAAGGAAUUCUUUAGAUGCCUUGCUAUAUGCCACACUGUGCUUCCUGAAGGUGAUGAGUCCCCAGAAAAAGUUACAUAUCAAGCUGCAUCCCCAGAUGAGGCAGCUUUGGUCACUGCUGCAAAGAACUUUGGCUUCUUCUUUUACAGGCGAACACCUACGACAAUAUAUGUUCGUGAAUCACACGUGGAAAAGAUGGGCAAGGUCCUAGAUGUAUCCUACGAGAUCCUGAAUGUCCUUGAGUUCAAUAGUACAAGGAAGCGGCAAUCUGUUGUAUGCCGUUAUCCAGAUGGGAGGCUUGUUUUGUAUUGCAAGGGUGCUGAUUCUGUAAUCUUUGAGAGGUUGGGUGAUGGAAAUGGUGAUUUAAAGAAAACAACCAGGGAGCAUUUAGAGCAAUUUGGAUCUGCUGGAUUGCGAACCCUUUGCCUAGCUUAUAGAGAUUUAAGUACUGAUAUGUAUGAACAUUGGAAUGAGAAAUUUAUCCAGGCAAAAUCUUCUUUACGGGACCGUGAAAAGAAGUUGGACGAGGUGGCAGAACUAAUAGAGAAGGAUCUUGUUUUGAUUGGGUGCACUGCUAUUGAAGACAAGCUUCAAGAAGGAGUUCCAUCUUGUAUAGAAACUCUUUCUAGAGCAGGAAUCAAAAUUUGGGUGCUAACAGGGGACAAGAUGGAAACAGCAAUAAAUAUAGCCUAUGCAUGCAAUUUGAUUAAUAAUGACAUGAAACAAUUCAUCAUCAGUUCAGAAACUGAUGCAAUUAGAGAAGUUGAAAACAGGGGUGACCAAGUGGAGAUAGCACGCUUUAUCAAAGAGUCAGUCACCGCAGAUUUGAAAAAGUUCCUUGAGGAAGCACAACAGCAUCUCCAUACCAUAUCUGGACCAAAAUUAGCACUUGUAAUAGAUGGGAAGUGUUUGAUGUAUGCAUUAGACCCGAAUCUGCGAGGAAUGCUACUCAACCUAAGCUUGAAUUGUACUUCUGUAGUUUGCUGCAGAGUUUCUCCCUUACAGAAAGCACAGGUGACAAGCCUGGUCAAGAAAGGUGCACGGAAAAUAACACUUAGUAUUGGUGAUGGUGCCAAUGACGUCAGCAUGAUUCAAGCGGCUCAUGUUGGCGUUGGAAUUAGUGGACUAGAAGGGAUGCAAGCGGUAAUGGCUAGUGAUUUUGCAAUUGCUCAGUUCCGCUUUCUUACAGAUUUGCUUCUUGUGCAUGGACGGUGGUCAUAUCUCAGAAUAUGCAAGGUGGUGACAUACUUCUUUUACAAGAAUCUUACUUUCACUUUGACUCAAUUCUGGUUCACCUUCCAAACUGGGUUUUCUGGUCAAAGAUUCUAUGAUGAUUGGUUCCAGUCUUUAUAUAAUGUUAUAUUUACAGCCCUGCCAGUGAUCAUUGUUGGCCUCUUUGACAAGGAUGUCAGUGAAUCCCUUUCCAAGAAGUACCCAGAGCUGUACAAGGAGGGAAUAAGAGAUUCGUUCUUCAAAUGGAGAGUUGUGGGGAUCUGGGCUUUCUUCUCUUUCUACCAAUCACUAGUUUUCUAUUAUUUUGUGACCUCUUCCAGUUCUAGUGGUCAAAAUUCAUCUGGCAAGAUGUUUGGUCUUUGGGAUGUCAGCACAAUGGCCUUCACGUGUGUUGUUGUUACUGUCAACUUGCGUCUUCUCAUGCUCUGCAAUUCUAUUACAAGGUGGCAUUAUAUAAGUGUUGCAGGAAGCAUUUUAGCAUGGUUUAUAUUCAUUUUUAUAUAUUCAGGUGUUAUGACUCCUUAUGAUCGGCAAGAGAACGUUUUUUUCGUCAUAUAUGUCCUAAUGAGUACAUUCUAUUUCUAUCUUACAUUACUUCUUGUUCCCAUUGCUGCACUUCUUGGUGACUUCAUUUUCCAAGGGGUUCAGAGAUGGUUCUUCCCCUACGAUUAUCAGAUUAUUCAGGAAAUAUACAGGCAUGAGCCUGAUCAAAGCAGCAGGUCUGAGUUGUUGGACAUCAGGAAUGAUCUUACUCCAGAUGAGGCUCGGAGCUAUGCCAUUUCUCAACUCCCACGUGAGAAGUCGAAGCACACUGGAUUUGCUUUUGAUUCGCCCGGGUAUGAGUCAUUCUUUGCUUCACAGCAGGGUGUUUAUGCUCCACAGAAGGCAUGGGAUGUGGCUAGGAGAGCCAGCAUGAGGUCAGGGGCAAGGACAGCUCAAAAGAAAUGAAUUAAAACAGUAUGUACAAAAUUCUUUAUUUACAACAGUGAAAACACUUGUAGGGAAAAUCUGUAGAAUUAGCUUGUGCCAUAUAUCCUAGUUUUGGUCAUACAUGUUUUUUUGUCCAUUUAGUUCAAACCCUGAAUCUUUUUUAAAUUGAGAAGAUAUAGUUGUUUUUAGGGCUGUCAAGGAUGUACUUGUACAUGCCAUCUGAUUACUCAAAUGAGCAUUCUUUGAUUCCAUGGAGUUA